AUGGAUGUUAAUAAACCAAGUGACUGACCUGAUAAUGGCUAACCAGCUCCAUACAACCCACACACACACACACACAAGGUCCCUUUCCUCUUCAUAUCCCAGCAUGCUUUGCUCAGGAGGAAGAGGAUGAGGUGGGGAUUAGUGUGCAUGUGUCGCUGUGUUUGUGUGUUUGUGUGUGUGUGUGUCAGUGUCUUUGUGUGUGUGUGUGUGUGUGUGUGUGUGUGAGUGAGAUAUAAAUCUUCCAAAUCCUCUUUCCGUCCAGAGACAGUGGGAGAGAGCGCCUGCUACCCUGUGUGUUGUAACACCAACUCUUAUCAGGAGAACAACAGAGAAAAGGAAUAUCAGCAGAAGUCUAUUAGCAGGAAGAGGAACACGGAACAGACAAGUAAGAUACGUAGGAACCGUGUGUAAUGUGACAGCAUACAGGUAGAGGUGGGACAGGUAGACUCUGGACAGGUAGAGGUAGGACAGGUAGACUCUGGACAGGUAGACUCUGGACAGGUGGAGGAGGACAGUAGAGUAGGACGGUAUAGUAGGACAGUAACUGGCCAUGGGCUUUGAAUGGUCCACCUCAUACAGGCUCCUAUGCUCACUGACAACUGAUGCAAUGUUCUGACCAAGACUGGCUUCCCCUUUCACAUAGCUAGUCGUAGUUUUAUACUGAUUGAAAUAAACUUAAGGGUUGUUGGUUUUUCCUCAUAAACUUAUUUACCACUGUCUGUUCUCUCUGGUCUCCCUCAUGCCUCUGAAAUUAAAUGAGCUCUCGCCGGCUGCCGCAUUCCAGGUUUGAGAUCUGAGGUAUUUACAAGAGCUAACGUAAGGAGCGCUAGCUGACGUUAGUGUUUUUGACGGUGGAGGUUAGUCUUCGACCACAUAGUGAUAUGAGUCUUCAUCAUUAUCAUUAUCAUCAUUAGUCCUGAGUGGCGCAGUGACUCCCGAGUGGCGCAGUGGUCUAAGGCACUGCAUCGCAGUGCUAGCUGUGCCACUAGAGAUCCUGGUUCGAGUCCAGGCUCUGUCGCAGCCGGCCGCGACUGGGAGACCCACGAGCGGCGCACAAUUGGUCCAGCGUCGUCCAAUGUAGGGGAGGGUUUGGCCGGCAGGGAUGUGGGUUCGUUUCCCACGGGGGGCCAGUAUGAAAAAAACUAUUAAAAUGUAUGUAUUGAAUGCAUUCACUAGCUGUAAGUCGCUCUGGAUAAGAACGUCUGCUAAAUGACUAAAAUGUAAAUGUAUUAUCUUCAUCAGACACGUGAUGCAGUUGAUCCUAUUAGGAGGAGGAUGACUUGACAGGCAGGAAAACAACAUGGCUGUCUCUUACUAAACAACACGAUGGACAUAGUUUGAUAAGGAGAUUAAGACUGCGUCCCAAAUGGCACAGUAUUCCAAUAGGGCCCUGGUCAAAAGUAGUGCACUUCGUAGGGAACAGGGUGCCAUUUGGGACAUGACUUGAAGUUCUGAGCCUCCAGGCAAUCCAGGACGACAGGGGAAGUUUGUUGACAACAAUUACUGAGUUACGCUAAUACAGUACAAUACAGCAUGCCAGUUCCUCUUCAGUAUGUUAUGGAUGGUUUGUUUAGAGACUACAUCACCAGGAAGGAAAGUAGUUUUAUUACUAAGAGAUCUGGUCUGGUGAUACAGAACAAACUGUCAUGAGGAGAAGUUAUCAUAUGAUGUUGUUCCUCAGAAACUGACCUGAAUGAAAGUUUCACAUUCCUAUUUCUUAUUACAUGCAGUCGUGGUCCUCUGUGGCUCAGUUGGUAGUACAUGGUGCUUGUAACGCCAGGAUAGUGGGUUCAAUUCCUGGGACCACCCAUACGUAAAAAAGUAUAUGCACGCAUUAAUGUAAGUCGCUUUGGAUAAAAGCGUCUGCUAAAUGGCAUAUAUUAGAGUUAUUUAAGAUACUCUUCAGAGGGAGGGUUUCAGAUGUUUUCCGGAAGAUGGGCAGGGACUCUGCUGUCCUGACUUUAGGGGGAAGCUUGUUCCUCCAUUGGGGUGCCAGGACAGGGAAGCGCUUGGACUGGGCUGAGGGGAGCUGCCCUCCCGUAGGGGUGGGAGGGCCAAGAUACCAGAGAUGGCGGAAUGGAGUGCUCAGGUUGGGAUGUAGGGUUUGAGCAUAGCCUGAAGGUAAGGAGGGGCAGUCUUGAAGAUGAUGCGAGCUUCGACUGAAAGCCAGUGGAGUGUACGGAGGAGUGGGGUGACAUGGGAGAACUUACGAAGGUUGAACAUCAGGCAGGCUGCGACAUUCUGGAUAAGUUGCAGGGGUUUGAUGGCGGAAGCGGGGAGCCCAGCCAACAGCGAGUUGCAGUAGUCCAGACGGGAGAUGACAAGUGCCUGGAUUAGGACCUGCGCCGCUUCCUGUGUGAGGAAAGAUCAUACUUUACGCAUGUUGUACAGCAUGAACCUGCAGGAGCGAGUCACUGCUUUGAGCGAGCUUGAAAUUUAGAGUGGUAGAAAGUGGCUUAAGCAACGGAUACAGAAGAAAAGAAGGUAGGGAAGAGGGAGUGAAAGGAUGAUAGGUCCUCCAGAAGUUUAGUUUUCCUCCAUUUCUGCUCAGUUGCCCGAAGCCCUGUUCUGUUAGCAUGCAGCGAGUCCCUCAGCCACGGAGCGGGAGGAGAAGGUCGGGCCGGCCGGGAGGAAAGAGGACAGAGUGAAUUAUAGGAUGCGGAAAGGAAGGAGAGUAGGGUUGAAGAGGCAGAAUCAGGAGAUGGGAGCGAGAAGGAUUUAGCAGAAGGAAGAGAUGAUAGGAUAGAAGAGGCGAGAGUAGUGGGAGAGAGAGUGAAUAUUGCGGCAAUGCAUGGCCAUCUGGGUAGGGGCUGAGUGGUUAGGGUUGGAGGAGAGAUGGUGAGAUAGGGAAACAAAGUAGUGAUCAGAGACAUGGAGGGCAGUCAAAGUGGGAUUAGUAGGAGAACAGCCUCUAGUAAAGAUGAGGUCAAGUAUAUUGUCUGCCUUGUGAGUGGGAGGGGACUGGGAAAGGGUGAGGUCAAAAGAGGAAAGGAGGAGAAAGAAGGAGGUGGAAAGAAAUGAAUUGAAGUCAGACGUAGAGAGGUUGAAGUCGCCCAGUACGAUUAGCGGUGGAAAUGAGCUUAUCAAGGUGUCAAGAUCAUUGAGGAACUCUCCAAGGGCACCUAGUGGGCGAUAGAUGACAAUAAUGUUAAGCUUGAGUGGAUAAGUGACUGUGAUUGCAUGGAAUUCAAAUGAGGAGAUAGAUAGGUGAGAGAGGGAGAAAAGAGAAUUUUUAAAAAAUCUUAGGAGAAAUGAGUAGACCUGUGACACCACCGCGAUGACCAACCCGCAAUAACAUCUGCUAAAUAUGUGUAUGUGACCAAUGAAAUUUGAUUUGAUUUGAGAAAUCCCACCACAAAGGAUAUCAGGCAUAGCCGUUCAUAAAUAUAGUGCUUUUCUACCAACUGAGGUACUCAAAGUGCUUUACAUACAAGGGAGAAACUCACCUCAUCCACCACCAAUGUGUGGCACCCACCUGGGUGAUGCAUGGCGACCAUUUUGUGCCAGAAUGCUCACCACACAUUAGCUUUCAGGUGGAGAGGUGAGGGGUGAUAUACAGGGCCUUCACAAAGUAUUCACACCCCUUUACUUUUUACACGUUUUGUUGUGUUACAGCCUGAAUUUAUAAUGGAUUACGUUUAGAUGUUUUUGUCACUGGCCUACACACAAUACCCCACAGUGUCAAAGUAGAAUGAUGUUUUCUAAUGUCUUGAGUCAAUAAGUAUUCACCCCCUUUGUUAUGGCAAGCCUAAAUACGUUCAGGAGUAAAAAUGUGCUUAACAAGUCACAUAACAAGUUGAAUGGACUCACUCUGUGUGCAAUAAUAUCAUUUCUGAGCAUCGUAGCACCAUUAGGUGCCCAGUUGAGGCCCACUUUUUGGAAACAAACCACUCUAUUUCCUCCCUUCUCGGCAUUUAACACGUCACCCUCCCGAGGAGAGGAGGUGACCUUGACAAUUUAUUGUUAAAACGAGAGGCCGUCUGGAUCUUUAAUUUAAAGACCCUUGCUCCCUUCCCAGUCUCAACGUAGAGUUUGAUCUGAAGCCAUUCUCGUGGUUAUUAAGUUUUUGCUAUCCCAUUGAAAAAUAAUGUUUGUAGGCCUGUGUAGCUAUGAUCGUAUGUUAUCCAUUCAUGCUUUUUAUAUGUUCUAUUUAUAUCUGUAAAUUAACCAAUGAUACAAAGCCACUCCCGGACGUGAUACGGGGGUUGACACUUCCACUCUUACGAUAAGUGCCGUGGGAUUUCUAAUGACAGCAGAGAGUCAGGACACCAGUUUAAUGUCCCAUCCCUGGAGCAUUGGGUUACGAUAAGUGCCGUGGGAUUUCUAAUGACCGCAGAGAGUCGGGACACUAAUGUCCCAUCCCCAUAUCAACCACUACAGAUCUCUAUCAGACUGUGAUAUCAGCCACUACAGAUCUCUAUCAGACUGUGAUAUCAGACUGUGAUAUCAGCCACUACAGAUCUCUAUCAGACUGUGAUAUCAGCCACUACAGAUCUCUAUCAGACUGUGAUAUCAGCCACUACAGAUCUCUAUCAGACUGUGAUAUCAGACUGUGAUAUCAACCACUACAGAUCUUUAUCAGACUGUGAUAUCAGCCACUACAGAUCUCUAUCAGACUGUGAUAUCAGACUGUGAUAUCAACCACUACAGAUCUUUAUCAGACUGUGAUAUCAGCCACUACAGAUCUCUAUCAGACUGUGAUAUCAGCCACUACAGAUCUCUAUCAGACUGUGAUAUCAGCCACUACAGAUCUCUAUCAGACUGUGAUAUCAGACUGUGAUAUCAGCCACUACAGAUCUCUAUCAGACUGUGAUAUCAGCCACUACAGAUCUCUAUCAGACUGUGAUAUCAGCCACUACAGAUCUCUAUCAGACUGUGAUAUCAGACUGUGAUAUCAACCACUACAGAUCUUUAUCAGACUGUGAUAUCAGCCACUACAGAUCUCUAUCAGACUGUGAUAUCAGACUGUGAUAUCAACCACUACAGAUCUUUAUCAGACUGUGAUAUCAGCCACUACAGAUCUCUAUCAGACUGUGAUAUCAGCCACUACAGAUCUCUAUCAGACUGUGAUAUCAGCCACUACAGAUCUCUAUCAGACUGUGAUAUCAGCCACUACAAAUCUCUAUCAGACUGUGAUAUCAACCACUACAGAUCUCUAUCAGACUGUGAUAUCAACCACUACAGAUCUCUAUCAGCCUGUGAUAUCAGCCACUACAGAUCUCUAUCAGACUGUGAUAUCAGCCACUACAGAUCUCUAUCAGACUGUGAUAUCAGACUGCGAUAUCAACCACUAAAGAUCUUUAUCAGACUGUGAUAUCAGCCACUACAGAUCUCUAUCAGACUGUGAUAUCAGCCACUACAGAUCUCUAUCAGACUGUGAUAUCAGACUGUGAUAUCAGCCACUACAAAUCUCUAUCAGACUGUGAUAUCAACCACUACAGAUCUCUAUCAGACUGUGAUAUCAGCCACUACAGAUCUCUAUCAGACUGUGAUAUCAGCCACUACAGAUCUCUAUCAGACUGUGAUAUCAGCCACUACAGAUCUCUAUCAGACUGUGAUAUCAGCCACUACAGAUCUCUAUCAGACUGUGAUAUCAGCCACUACAGAUCUCUAUCAGACUGUGAUAUCAGCCACUACAGAUCUCUAUCAGACUGUGAUAUCAACCACUACAGAUCUCUAUCAGACUGUGAUAUCAGACUGUGAUAUCAGCCACUACAGAUCUCUAUCAGCCUGUGAUAUCAGCCACUACAGAUCUCUAUCAGACUGUGAUAUCAACCACUACAGAUCUCUAUCAGACUGUGAUAUCAGCCACUACAGAUCUCUACAGACUGUGAUAUCAGCCACUACAGAUCUCUAUCAGACUGUGAUAUCAGCCACUACAGAUCUCUAUCAGACUGUGAUAUCAGACUGUGAUAUCAGCCACUACAGAUCUCUAUCAGACUGUGAUAUCAGCCACUACAGAUCUCUAUCAGACUGUGAUAUCAGCCACUACAGAUCUCUAUCAGACUGUGAUAUCAGCCACUACAGAUCUAUAUCAGACUGUGAUAUCAGCCACUACAGAUCUCUAUCAGACUGUGAUAUCAGCCACUACAGAUCUCUAUCAGACUGUGAUAUCAACCACUACAGAUCUCUAUCAGACUGUGAUAUCAGCCACUACAGAUCUCUAUCAGACUGUGAUAUCAGCCACUACAGAUCUCUAUCAGACUGUGAUAGCAGCCACUACAGAUCUCUAUCAGACUGUGAUAUCAGCCACUACAGAUCUCUAUCAGACUGUGAUAUCAGCCACUACAGAUCUCUAUCAGACUGUGAUAUCAGCCUCUACAGAUCUCUAUCAGAAUGUGAUAUCAGCCACUACAGAUCUCUAUCAGACUGUGAUAUCAGCCACUACAGAUCUCUAUCAGACUGUGAUAUCAGCCACUACAGAUCUCUAUCAGACUGUGAUAUCAGCCUCUACAGAUCUCUAUCAGAAUGUGAUAUCAGCCACUACAGAUCUCUAUCAGCCUGUGAUAUCAACCACUACAGAUCUCUAUCAGACUGUGAUAUCAGCCACUACAGAUCUCUAUCAGACUGUGAUAUCAGCCACUACAGAUCUCUAUCAGACUGUGAUAUCAGCCACUACAGAUCUCUAUCAGACUGUGAUAUCAGCCACUACAGAUCUCUAUCAGACUGUGAUAUCAGCCACUACAGAUCUCUAUCAGACUGUGAUAUCAGCCACUACAGAUCUCUAUCAGACUGUGAUAUCAGCCACUACAGAUCUCUAUCAGACUGUGAUAUCAACCACUACAGAUCUCUAUCAGACUGUGAUAUCAGACUGUGA